UGGCAACAAUUUUUGAACUGUCAAAUUGUGAACAUGGCUGAUGCAGCAGCAGCCCGUAGGGAAGCCCGGAGAAGGAAAAUAUUAGAAAAUUCUCAUAACAGGCUUCAACGUAUAUCUGGAAAAUGCGAAGAACCGAUUCCAAAAGAAUCAUCUUUUCAGACCAUACUUCCAGACGUAAAUUACGAAGUUUCAGCAAUAUCUAGCAGUGCCACAACUACUAGGAGCAACAGUUCUCUCAAUAAUGGUGUCGUGGUUCAGGCACCACCAGUGGCGGUGUCGUCACUGAGUCCUAUUCAUGAAGCGGACGCGGCAGGCGACAGUUUAACCGACGUAGCCAAUGACUUGGCAGCUUUAAUGUCGCCAGGAUCACAACCAGCAAACACUCAACAAGUGUCUCUUUUGGAAAAACUAGUACUGUAUAAGUAUGAUGUAGUGCUAGUGUCUUUGCUUGUCCAACUUCUGUACGGUUUAUCAUUGUUGACAUUUGAUGAGACAUAUUUUUUCUUGCCCUUGGUGGUUUACGUCGUUACUAAGAUGAUAUGGUUUCCAGCACCAAGCAGUUCCAACUUUGCUAACGCUUUACUUCUCUUAAAUGGAAUAUCAGUGCAAAGAGUGGAACGAAUUAUGUCCGUAAUGCGCUGGGUGAGCAUGUUUUCUCAGGAUGUCUGUGUGUACCUUUUUACCAUGAUUUGUAUGCAGGCCCUAAGUCACACUAUCACAGAUUCUUUAAUCACAUAGUAGAUAUUGACAUUUAUAAUUUUCCUGUUAAAUUUUGGGCAUAUUAUUGACUGAACAGUUCUAACAUUAGCUAUAUAGCAUUUAAUAAAUAGAAAUGUUCCAGAAUUUUGAUUGCUUGUGCCUUUAUACAUAAGUGAGAAUUUGUGACAUGUGUGCGUUUUAGUCACAUAUUGCCAUUUUAGUUUAAUUAGGACAAUAUUGUACAUAGUAAAUGACAAACAUUCUUGUUACCUUAUUUGUAAAUUUCAUUUUGCUCAAUUAUUUUCGCUUUUUGUGUCUACACUACACUAAUGCAUUUAAAAUAUUGUAUUUUUUAUACUUAUUAUAAUUACGAUUAUAUUCUGAUAUAUUUAUUAUAAACAUACCUAUGAAUUACUAAUGUGUGGAGGCCAAAUUAGCAACUUGUACUGCAAAUCACAUCUAGGCUAGUAUACCCUCUCAUGUCAUUUCAUAACAUUCAAAUUUCAUCUUUGUCAUGUCAAUGAGCUUGGUUAUACUAGCUUUCCAAUAUCAUAAACUAUUUUCAUAUCUUGAAUGCAGAGGUGAAAAAAUUUGUAAAUAAUUAAGUUCGGCCUGAAUUGAUUGAUGGCCUUAAAUGUUAUCAAUUGUAAUUGCUAGUUUUUUUCCAAUUUUGAUGUAUGUAACACUAGACUAUUUGGAAAUAGCAAUAAUAAUUAAUUUGGAAAUAUUUAAUAUGAUGGCAGUUUGUGACUUGUUAAAAUGUUAAAUUGUAGUGGGAAUGGGACAUAAAACAUGCAACUAUAGCAACAGAAAGUUCAUUAUAACUUACUGGUUACUUUCUGUCUGUGCAAUGUCAAUGUAGUUUUGUUGGUGUUUCUAAUAACCGCUUAUUAAUACUACUACAUUUACUAUCUAACUUCAGGAUCAAAAAUUACUAUUUGAUACCUAAUUUACUAGUAUAGAAGGUUUAACAACAAAGAAUUAAGCUGAACUUUUAAUGUACAAAUUAAAAAGUAAAGGAAGUUACAGAAACCCUGUAAUUUAUACAAUUAUAAUUAAUUUUACAAUGCCUUUUUAUUACUUGACACUUCAAAAAACCAAUAUUAGCAUUUAGCAGUAUAUUUUGAUAGCCUGUAAUUGGUAUGUAAUACUAUUACUGCAUUUCUUAUAUUAAUAUUAUACAUUACAUUAAGAAAAACUUAAUAUUCCACCGGUCAGCUUAAUUCAAGUUGUACUAAAAAGGUCAAACAAUAGAAAAGUAUUUAUUUUAAUAUUUUGUAAUGCAUCUUUUAAAAUAAAAUAUUUGUAAUAUUU